AUGGCGCCUAUUCAGUUCGGCAUCCUCGCCUUCAACUACCAAGUCGUCGAUGCGGCCGGACCGACCGACCUCCUUGCCGCCGCCAACAAGAUCGCGCUCAGCACCGUCCGCGAGUACACGCCCUUGAUCGAUGACGCCCUCGUCGCACAGGCCCCGGAGUUCGUCUUCCAUCACAUAGGCGUGACCAAGGAUCCCGUCCGGCUCGGAACCAGCAAUCUCACCAUCCUGCCCACCACCACCGCCGAUGACUGCCCGGAGCUCGACAUCCUGCUCGUCGCGGGGCCCUACCUCGGCAACUUUGAGCUCCACCCAAAGUACGCGGACCUCAUCCGCGCGCACGCCGCCAAGGGCAAGCUGCUCUUCACGACGUGCACGGGCGCGAGCCUCGUCGCCUCGACGGGCGUGCUCGACGGCCGGCGUGCGACCGUCAACAACAUCGAGUACGAGUGGGUGCGCCGGCGCUGGCCGAAAGUCAACUGGACGCGGGAGAAGAAGUGGGUCGUCGAUGGCAACUUCUGGACCGGGUCCGGCGCGACGGCGGGCACGGACAUGAUGGCGCACUGGCUGAAGGAGAACUACGGCAUGGAAGUGAUGCGGGUGGCCGCGUCAACGCUCGACUUUGAGCCACGGGACAUUGACGGUUUGUACACCGUGCUUCCCCAGAGGUUCGAUGAGAGUGGAAAGAAGAUCUCGACCCAUGUCUUUCGGUAUCAUGGCGUGGAUUGA